UAAGAAUCUCUGUCAAAGAAAAAGAAAACCCUAUUAGAAUAUAGUAAGAGAGAGAGAGAGAGAUAACAGAGCACCAUGGCUAGCCUCAGUCGCAAUUCCCUCUUGGUUGUCCUUUCUCUCUGUCUUCUAAUUACAUUUUCUAACGUGGCUGAGAUCCAUGGUGCCAAGCUCCGUCCUUCAGAAUGCAAACCAAGAUGUAAUUACCGCUGCUCAGCAACAUCACACAAGAAGCCAUGCAUGUUCUUCUGUCUGAAAUGCUGUGCGACAUGCCUCUGUGUUCCUCCUGGGACUUAUGGCAACAAGGAAACAUGCCCUUGCUAUAAUAACUGGAAGACCAAGGAAGGAAGACCCAAGUGCCCUUGACCUCGAGGCUUAGCUAGUUAGCUACCUUCGAUCAAAAACUAAAGACAAUAAAAAUAGACGCCUAGAAUCCCAUUCUCAUUUUCUUAAUCACUUUGGCAGGCAUGGAUUAUUUCUCUCUUUAGGCAAUCUAUUCUUUAGAUGCCAUAUUUCUCAAGCCCGGGCUACCACAUUGAUGCAAACUCCUCCUCUUUAGAGAAAGUGGGCAUUAUAAUCUACGGGUAAUUUUGUUCCAAGGGAGAGGCAAAAUAGCUUGUAAACUCCUUUUAGUCCGUACAAUGGUCAAGGUUAGGGAAUCAAUUUGAUUUUAUCAAGCCAACUUUCCUUAAAUAUGCUCAUAAUAUAAAUGUAAGCAAUGAUUUGUUCAAGAAAAUUAUAAAAAUUAAGUUAUCUCAA